AUGUACACUAGAAUUCUAUCAAAUAGGGAGACGUGCGAUAGAGAAUGGCCAGUGUAUUCGAAAAAACUUGACAAACUCUAUUGUUUUUGUUGUAAAGUUUUUAGAACGGGGCAUCCGAAAGGUGGGUUGGAUGAUGAAGGUUAUAACGAUUGGAGACAUGCCAGUGGUAGACUUAAAGAACAUGAAGUUGGUUUAGAACAUUUCAAGAAUAUGAAUGAAUGGUUUGAAUUGCGCCAAAGGUUGAAAUGCAAAGAAACAAUUGACAAAGUGGCAUAUGAGCAAUUUAGAAAAGAAAAAGAUUAUUGGAAACAAGUCAUCUUAAGGAUUGUUGCACUUGUGAAGUUUCUUGCAAAAUAUGGCUUAGCGUUUCGUGGGUCAAAUGAGAAGUUGUAUCAAAAAGGCAAUGGAAACCUUUUGGGUUUGGUUGAGAUGUUGGAAGAGUUUGACCCGAUUAUGAAAGAACAUGUGCGCCGAGUUUUGAAUGAAGAGUGCCAUGUACACUUUCUUAGCCACAAUAUUCAAAACGAGUUGAUACAAUUAUUAGGGGAUAAAGUUAGAACCGAAAUCAUCAAGAAGGUUAAGCAAGCAAAGUAUUACUCCAUCAUCCUCGAUUGCACGCCUGAUACAAGUCACCAAGAGCAAAUGUCCAUAAUUGUGAGGUAUGUGAAUUUUAACUCUAGUUCCGUGACCAUUGAGGAAUCCUUUUUAGGUUUUUUGGUUGUUGAUGAUACGACGGGUUUAGGACUUUUUGAAGUAACAUGUAAGGAAUUAGAGUCGCUUGAUUUUGAUAUUGGUGAUAUGUGUGGUCAAGGCUACGAUAAUAGGGCAAACAUGAGAGGAAAAAACAAAGGAGUUCAAACUAGAUUUUUAGAAAAAAAUCCUAGAGAUUUCUAUAGUGCUUGUGGUUGUCAUAGUCUAAAUCUAGCAUUGUGUGACAUGGCUAACACAAUUACUAAGUCUAAGGAAUUUUUUGGAACAAUACAACGGUUAUAUACUAUCUUUGCCCAUUCUAUUAAUAGGUGGCAAAUUUUGAAAGACAAUGUUAAAGGAUUAACUCUUAAAUCAUUGUCUACAACUCGUUGGGAAAGUCGUAUAGAUAGUAUUAAGCCUAUAAGAACUCAACUUAGAGAUGUAAGAAAAGCUUUGCGAGAAGUUAGGGGGACGGAUAGAGAUGCUAAAAUCAUAAAAGCUAAAUCAUUAGAAGAGUAUGAACUUGGUGAUUUUGAAUUUUUGGCACAAAUUGUCAAUUGGUUUGAAUUAUUAUCAAAGGUGAAUGUGGUGAGCAAACGGUUGCAAGCAAAAGAUGUUGUUCUUGAUGUUGCUAUUGAUGAAGCACUUGAUGAAGCUAGAGAAAUUGCAAAUGAAAUAGGUGUUAAUGCGGAAUUUCGUCAAAAACGUGUGAUAUAUAGGAAAAAACAAUUUGAUGAAUCGUCAAGUGUAGAAGAAGUAACAUUUUCACCCGAGGAGGAUUUUAGAUUGAAGACUCUUGAUGAAGCCAAGCUUAAGGAGUGUUGUUAUCGCCUUGAAGAUGCAUUGAAGUAUGAAGGAGAAUUCGAUAUUGAUGCUAAAGAAUUUACUACUUAUCCUUAUGCUAUAAAUGCAUAUAAAGUGUUGUUGACAAUUCCGGUAACCGUGGCAUCGGCAGAAAGAAGUUUCUCAAAGUUGAAGUUGUUGAAGACCUAUUUACGUUCUACAAUGUCACAAGAAAGGCUAAACAGGUUGGCGACAAUAUCUAUUGAAAGUGAAAUAUUAGAUACUAUGGAUUACAAGGAGUUGAUCGAGAGCUUUGCUUCAAAAAACGCUAGGAGAACCACACUGUUUGCUUAG